AUGACAACUGUCUCCAACCUUCUCAUGCCUACUGCUCUUAAGAAAGCCUCCUCCAAGGCCUCCUCCAAGGCCAAUGCGACUGCUUCCAAGUCCGCUGCUGCCACCCACCCUCCGUGGGUCGACAUGAUCAAGGAAGCCAUCACCACCCACCCAGAAGACGCUCGUGCAGGCGUUUCCCGUCCCACUAUCAAGAAGUUCAUCGAGACAAAGUACCACAUCGACUUCAACGCCUCCCACCUCGGCCAGCUCAACCGCGCCAUUGCCCACGGCAACGAGAAAGGCCUUUUCCUCCUCCCCAAAGGUCCCUCGGGCAAGCUCAAGCUUGCGUCCAAGGCCAAGCCACUCACGGACGCUGCGAAGGAGAACACCAAACCGGCUUCCAAGAAAUCUGCUGCCACCAAGCCUGCCACCAAAGCGAAGCGCGCCACAGCGAAAGCGACCACCGUGAAGAAGCCAGGCGCUGCAAAGGCAGACCCCGCCAAGCCCAAAGCGGCGAAACCCGCUGCUGGGUCCACCACCAACAAGAAACCGGCCCCAAAGAAGGCUGCUGCUCCGAAGAAGAGGACUGCGACGACUAAGAAGGUGGCCACCGCGAAGAAACCGGCUGCUGGCGCGAAGAAGACGUCCACUGCGAAGAAGGGCGCGGCCAAGAAGGCUGUCACUGGCGAGGCCAAAAAACCUGCGUCCAAGCCCAAGUCCAAGUCCACUACCGCGGCUGCUGCGACCAAGACCAAGCCCGCGUCAAAGGCUAAACCCGCGUCCAAAGCGAAGCCUGCGUCCAAGGCGAAGCCCGCCUCCAAGACGGAGGCUUAA